CCUUUAAAAAGCACUUCACACUCAGAUCCAGCAGAGGGCUCCAGAGUACGUGUUUGUGCUCCUCAGGUUUGGGGAGAGGGAGUAAACAGACGGGCUCUGGAGUUUUUUCCCCUUUUCCUCUCAGUCUGUGAGAGGAUGGAGCUGGAAAUUUAAACAGGGCGCUGGAGCCUGCAGAGUUCCAGCGAAACUCCGAGCCUGACCUCCUUAUCCUACUGAGCCCCUCACCAAACCUCCCUGACAGAGCAGUCGCCCCUCUGACCACAGUAUGAAGCUCUGGGUUGUGUUUUGCCUGGCACUGCUCUGGGUGGAGAUCCAAAAUGGUGCUUGCCAACAAGUCAAGCGGAAAAAAGAUGUAGGAGAGAACCGCAUCAGGCCAGGGGGGAAACGAGUGAAGAUGCGACACCCCAAACUGAAGGAUGCAGGAGGGAAAGGCCAGUCCUUGUUGACCCAGGUUUUAGAUAAGGGACGCUUCCUGCGCCUGGGCCAGAGCACAACUCUGUCUCCUGGGAAGAACAUGGAGCUGCGCUGCAAAGGCAAUUCUAUCGGAUGGUCAUACCCGACCUACCUGGACACCUUCAACGACUCACGCCUCAGCAUCAAGCAGAGUGACAAGUACAGUCAGCUGAUCCUGACGUCGCCCUCUGCUGCUGACACAGGGCCCUACAGCUGCUGGGUGAUAGUGUGUGAUGGCACAGAGUGUGACAAGGACCACGAACGCGACUAUGUCUCAUACAUCUAUUUCGAAGACAAAGACAAUCUCUUCGUCCCCUCUGCCAUCCACUUUGAGAUCGUGUACAUGCGUGCAAACAGGCCCGCUGUGGUGCCCUGUCGUGUGACCAACCCACAGGCCAAGGUGUCCCUGCACAGAGAAGUCCCUCCAGAGGAGAUCACAGCCAACAGGACGCUGGUGACCUAUGACCCCACCAAGGGCUUCGUCUUGCAGAACCCCAGCCCAGAGCAUCAGGGGGUCUUCUACUGCAAGGCUGUGACCAAGGGCACCCCUCAGAUCUCCACAAAGUACCAGCUGCUCUAUGUGGAGGUUCCUAGUGGGCCACCAUUUGUGAGCCUUGAAGCCUCUGCGGAGUCUGUGAGAGGAGGCGACAACAUCAAUGUAACCUGCACAGUGCUGGGGGAGCCAGAGGUGGACGUGAGCUUCACCUGGUCUUAUCCUGGUCAGGACCACCGUCCCGUUCACAUCCAAACUUCCUGGAGGCUGGUUAACCGAGGUAUGAGCCACACCACGCGGGUCUCCCAGAGCGUCAUAACUGUAGAAGACAUGGAGACCAUCGACUUUGGAAACUACAUCUGUAAAGCCAAGAACCAGCAUGGUGAGACAAUUGUGACGACCAAAAUCAUCUCCAAAUAGCCCACAACGGAGCCUGUGUUAUGGUUAUAUUUUGUGCGAGAGUGUUGUUAUGAUAUAUAACUAACGCCGACCAGUGAGACCAGCUGAAGUCGACAUGUAUAUACAUAAAAAUGUGUGUAUUUUUAGAUUGCAGAUUGUGAUAACAUAAUAAAGAUUUACUACACUUUU